GUUCAAGCUGGAUGGCUUUGUGAGAAUCAUGCAUAGAUCGCGUUUUGUGUCCGGCCAAAAGCUUUGGAGUUCGUCAGUUGCAUGGCGCCAACCAUAUUCUGAUGCUUAUCGUCGCGUCACUCCCAUGACCGUUUAUGCCCGUUUGCGGCAAUUGAACAAGAUCGAUUAUAUCCUCUGGUAGUUUCACUCACUGUUUGAGGUUAUCAUAAAUGUCCUCUUUGUCAGUGAAUAGAAAGAAGCUACAGGUUGCUGUUAUCGGUGGAGGGAUAGUGGGGCUAAUCACUGCCAUCGCAUUGACGAAAGAAGGGGUAGGUGUGCAUUUGUAUGAAGCCACCGAGAAGCUUGCGGAAAUAGGAGCUGGGAUUGGUCUUGCUCCGAAUGCGAUUCGUAUCCUUCAGUCUCUAGGAGUAUUGUAUGAUGUUCUUCCUACUUUUGAUCAACGGCCUCCUUUGUCAAAGGCGUUCGCAUUCAAGUACGCCGAUGAGGGGCAAGAGAUGAUAUUUGAUUCAAUGGAAGAAGGCGAUGGCGUUGGCCUUCAUCGAAUAGGUGUCCAUCGGGCGGCUCUGCUUGAUGCGCUCGUGAAACAUGUUGACCCUCAGAUCACCCACUUUGGCAAACGUCUUCAGUCGAUCACACCCCUACCUUCUUCUAACCAACAGAUAAUGCACUUCGCAGAUGGUACGUCUGCAGAAGCCGACGUGAUUAUUGGCGCGGAUGGUAUCAAAAGUACAGUUCGCAGCCUUCUUUUCGCAAAAGAUGAAAGUGGCAGGGUUGUCUUUACUGGCACUGUGGCAUAUCGUGGUCUGAUUACUGUGGAUGAUGCAAAAGCCGCUGGUGUAAACCCGGCAUUCAUGACAAGGCCAACGUGUCUUAUUUGGAAGGGAAAGCAUUUAAUUGUGGAUCCCAUUCAUGACAGUGACCUGUUCAACAUCGUUGCUUUUGUCACGGAUCGUUCCAUUCCUUUUGGAGAGAUUCAACGUUCCCCUACUGAACCAUGGGUCAUUCCUGUAACGCCGGAAGGGAUGCUCGCCGACUUUGCGGACUGCGGAGCUAAUUCCGACACGAUAAAGCUCCUUCGAUGUAUCAAUAACCCGACGAAGUGGUUCCUAUAUGCUGUUUAUCCCGUACUUGAUACAUACGUUAAGGGACGGGUAGCCCUUGUGGGAGAUGCAGCUCAUGCGAUGCUACCGCACCUUGGAGCAGGGGCUGGUCAAGGUAUGGAGGAUGCUUACCUCCUCGCCAAGCUACUUGGGCGUUCAUCCUCUAAUCCUUCUGCACAAGAUGUCGAGUCGGCAUUGAAAUCCUAUGACGAUAUCAGAAAGCCACGGGCACAUAGCGUCUGGGAAGGCAGUCAGAGGGUUGGGGACGUAUAUGAAGGGUAUGGGCCAACUGGAUUCUCUAUAGAGGGUAUGAGACAGGAUUUACUGGACCUGCGAGAUGGUCUGUUCUAUCGUGGACUAGAGGAAGACUUGCAGCUGAAGACUCUUGCCUAAUGAAUGUGCGAUAGCAGCCUUGCUCUGCGAAUUGUUACAUGUGCCAGUGCUGCGAGCAACGUCCGUGGUCAGCCUGGCACUCUAUCACAAAAUUGUUUCUAUCGCAUUCUUAAUCACGAUUGCAAUUUAAAUGUCCCUGCAUAAU